AUGACUGAUCCAAAUAGAUCUUUUAAUAUUGAUAACUUCGAAGAUUACUAUUAUGAGGAUCUCAACUACACAGAUGUCCAGAACGUCACUGAUUUUGUUCCGAAUGAGAAGACAAUGCUUUGCUCCCCCAUCCCUAUAGUGGAUGGCAUCAACAUCGCAUUCUGCAUCUUCUAUGUGCUCAUCUUUAUUAUAGCUGUUCCUGGGAAUCUGAUUGUAGGCUGGGUCAUCACCUCCAACAAAAAAACGCUUUCCCCCUCAGACGUCUACUUGUUCAACCUGAUGCUGGCCGACACAUUACUGGCUCUGGUUCUGCCAUUUUCGGCGGUUUCCCUGAUCCACGGUUGGGUGUUUGGCAAUAUUGCAUGCAAACUUGUUUGCCUGGUGAAGGAAGUGAAUUUCUACACCAGCAUUUUGUUCCUGGUGUGCAUCAGCAUGGAUCGCUACAUGGUUAUUGUCAGAGCUAUGGAGUCCCGAAAGAUUCAGGGAAGGCUGUGCAGUGGAGUCGCCUGCACAUUGGUGUGGCUCCUGGGCCUGGUGCUCUCCUUGCCAUCAUUCUACAACGAGGCGUUUUAUGAGCCAGUUUCCAACCAGACCGUGUGUACUGAACGCUUUGAGACGAAUCAAGCCGACGAAUGGCGACUGGCCACGCGUAUCGUGAGGCAUCUGCUCGGGUUCCUCUUCCCUCUGGUGGUCAUGUUGAUCUGCUACUGCAUCACGAUGGAGCGACUCUUGCGUACGCGCGGUUUCCAGAAACAGAGAGCCAUGAAGGUCAUCAUAGCUGUGGUUGUGGCCUUUCUUCUGUGCUGGACCCCCUUCCAUGUUUCCACGAUGGUUGACACCCUCCUCAGAGCUAAAGUGGUUCAGUUCAACUGUUUCACGCGGAUGGCGGUGGACAUCGCCAUGUACUCAACUCAAAACCUUGGCCUUUUGCACUGCUGCGUGAACCCGGUGUUGUACGCCUUUGUGGGAGAGAAGUUCAGAAGAAGAUUUCUGCAGCUGCUCCAUAGGAAAGGAGUUAUGGAGCGGUUCUCGGUCUCCAGAUCUAGUAGGUCUUCUUCUUUGACCUCAGAAGCUCCUUCAAGCUUCCUGUGAGCUACACAAUGGACAUCAGUGUAUGAGAACUGCUGGACAUUUAGUGCACCUUUGCUUGCUUGCUUGAACUAGAACAGGUUUCCUCAAAUCUUGUCCAGGAGGGCCAAUGCCCUGCAGAGUUUAGCUCCAACCCUGAUCAAACUCACCUAGCUGGUUUUCUAAUGACCUUGAAGACAAUGAUUUGUGUUUGAUUAGGGUUAGAGCUAAACUCUGCAGGAAAAUGGCUCUCGUGGGCCAGAUUUGAGAACAACUGAAUUAGAACAACACAUUAUUGUAGAGGCUAAUUGCCAUGAUGAUUUGGCUCCCUCUAAUGGUCAGAAAAAACAACAUCCAUGUUUGGGUGAGAAGUAAAGGAGUGCUGCAAUCAAUGAUGAUGUAUUUUUGUAAACCAAAAACUCUUUCCAUUGGCUUUUGAAUUAUUGCAGAAAAUAAGCUCUUUGGCCAUCAAAAGCUUAUUAUUCUGACACAUUUUGUUCAUCAGGAUAAUCUUUACAAAUGAACAACUUUUUGAAGGGGGUUUUACUGCAUUUGAUGUAGAAUAAAAUACAAAAAUAUCUUGAGCUUGUGUAAAAAAGAACAUUUUGUUGUGUAUUUGGUGUAAUGAAAUGUGUUUAUGCAGUUUAAGGUUCAAAAAACAUUAUUUUCCACAUACUGUACAUUAUUGUUGCUCCUCUGUGUCCCACCUUUCUGAAACGUGUAGAUUUUUACAAAACUCAUUGUC